AGGAGGUGGGAUAACCCCAUCCAAUGGCGUCCUACAGUUGCGUUCUGGUUUCAGCCAUUGCAGUUUCUCCCGCCAAGACUACAUGCUUCAACGGACUUAAUUAUCCAACAUUUUUCCCUUCUUCUUCUUCCCUUGUAAACCCCUUUGUUAAUUGUACCUUAACUUCUUCCAUCAUAUACAGAGCAACUCCGGCCCCGGCCACGGCCACCUGCGUUUACCCUGAUCCGAUACCGGAGUUUGCAGAAGUUGAAACCAAGAAAUUUAAGGAGCAGUUAUCGAAGAAGCUAGCGAAGGAUCGCGAGACGUUUGGGAACGACCUCGAUUCGGUUGUGGAGGUUUGCUCAAAGAUAUUUAGUGAAUAUUUGCAUGUGGAGUACGGAGGUCCUGGGACAUUAUUAGUGGAGCCUUUCACUAAUAUGUUUAUUGCUCUAAACGAGAGGAAAUUACCUGGAGCGCCUUUGGCUGCAAGAACUUCGCUUCUAUGGGCUCAAAACUAUCUAGAUCACGAUUGGAACAUUUGGAUCUCAAAACGAGGGCUCAAAUGAUUUGCUUCUUGUUGUUACAUUUGUGAAGAUUGGGUAUUUGAAUCUAGAUUCUGUUAUGUUUUUUUCUCAUGAGUUGAAGAUGGAGGAACAAAUGGUUGUAUCAACACAAAAUUACUCCAAUACAUUGUCAAUUUCAUUGAUUUGAUAUCUUUGUUGCUAUACAAAUGUCUUAUUUCUUGCAGUACAUGAAUCAUUCUGGGGCUCUAGUUUCACACUGAAUUGGAAACUUGGAUGCCCAUUUUCAAGCUCUCUCUGAAUCCUCUGCCAUUGCAACGAGCAUCUUAAAUCAAACUCCUCUAUUCUGCCGUAUGAACCACGCUUGUGCUUGUUAUGAUGAAAAAAAGUAUGACACAUAAAUCAGGCGGCAGCUUCAGAGAUGCUCUGCAAUGAUGGUCUCCAAGCCUUUGACCUCGCCGCAGUGGCAUUUGCUGCUGGUGUUCGAAUUCGAUGUCUUUCAUGUUUGACUGCCUGCAAUGUUUUUUGUUUUUUCAGAGAGAUUAUUGUGAUCGAUUCUGAUUCCAAAGGAAACAAUUGAGUUUACCUGCUGGUUCUUUUCCGUCUCUUCUACUUCACCGCCGGCAGCCCGCUUCUCCUCCGACUCCAUCAAUGGCUUCUUGGAUUUUGCAUACUUUUUAGCCCGCAACACCUUCAUAACCUCUGGAGGUUCCAAACAAAACGUCGGUAAGGGCUAAACUUACUACUAAACAGAGAAGGAACAGAAAAGCUGUAUCAUACCCUGAGUGGUGACGAGCCGAUAGGCAUGGCCAAGAGCAAGAGUGUCGUUUGGCCGGAGAAGCUUAACACGAGUAAAACGCACCGUUUUGGGCUCCGGAUUGUCAUCCUCAGAUUGAGGUAAGGGAAUUAUAAGAGAAACAUAGUGACCCGGAUUCGUUCUCAUGACCUCACUAGCCACCACCGGCCAAUACAGCCUCUCAAUCCGGCCACUUGGGUGCUGUAUAACCAGAGCCGCCGCAUCAACCGCCUGGCAAUUCCCCAUCCGAACUUUGUGAUGGUAGAUUGAAAGAAGACCGAGGAAGAGGAGGAAAAGGAAGAAGAAGAUGAUGAUAAAUAGGAGGAAAAGAAGUCCCUUUCUAUACAGCUUCUUUGCUCGCCAAAUGGGUCUACUUAGAAUUGCAGGCCGUCCAUUCAUAUACCUCGCACUUCCCAACUAAUUUAAUGCAACGUGGGUCAAACUUAUAUCGAAAAUUGACAUUGUAACGUACGGAUAAUAUAGUAUUCAACUUCACCUUCUUUUACUUUUUA